AUGUCAGACCCUCCUAAUUGCUGCAUCUGUCUGGAUGAGUUCACAAGCCCUGUGUUCCUCCCCUGUGGACACGUCUUCUGCUUGGGAUGCAUUGGAGAAUACUGGAAAAUCAACGAGGCUUGCCAGUGCCCCCUUUGCAAGACUUUGUUUCCUACCAGGCCACAGCUCAAAACAGACCAGACACUACAUACUGUGAAAGCACCUCAACCUUUAAAACCUGGAGAGGUUCCCUGUGACUCCUGCUCUGCAAAACGUCCUGCAGUCAAAUCCUGCCUGAUGUGCAUGGCUUCCUACUGCACCACUCAUCUGGAAGGACAUUACCAGACUGAAGAGCUUGGGCGCCAUCUACUGGUCAGUGUGGUGAAAAACCUUGAGGAUUCUGUGUGCAAACUGCAUGGGAAGAAGUUGGAGAAGUUCUGCAGAAGCGACCGGGCGUGCAUUUGUGCUAUGUGUGCACAGACAGAGCAUUGGAGCCACAACAUCAUUUCUAUUAGCCGGGAAGCCUUUAAGAAGAAGGUUACUGUAAAACGGAGGAGGAUGAAACUUCAGCAAGAGGUUCAAGAUAGACUGAGUGAAGCUGAGAAAAUCAAGCUCACUGUAGAUCUCAGUGGACAAAAAAUCCAAUGA